CGUGAGAUGCCUCACGCAAACCAUGACCUAUGCAGUACGCUUGGAUAACAUUCACAGUCUGUUGUGGUUGUGGCGCUUGACCGCAGAGAGCGCGAUGUUAAUGAACUUCUACCGUUUGUUCCGUAGCUGGCCGCCAUUGUCGAUAAGACGUUCAUUUGCAACCGUCAGGAAAAGUUAUCACAGAUUUUGAGGUUCUUCCACAUCACGCAAUUCGUGCGUAUCAUUGACCUUCCGAUGCGUAAUGCCGCUGGGUGGUAUAAAAGAAUGCAUGCCCGUAGCUACUGUCGGCAUACUGUGCGAAAAGUUGACGCGUUUCGGUCGGACGUUAAGCUCCAGUUGUAACGUAUCCUUGGCUGUCGUCCUUGGGGCUAGUUUGUGAGACGCAGGUCGCGCGCGUGUGAGAGUGUCUGUGAGCAAGAAAGUGUCAACAGGAUGGUGUUCGAUAAGAAGCAUUUGUUGCUGCUGCUGGAUCGGCCCCGGGAACCGGUGUUCAUGGGCAAAGGUCGCGUAGUGUUCGACGUGCCGGACAACUAUCUUACCGAUCGGUAUCGACCCAUCGGGCCCGAAAUCCAGAACCGGUUUGGCGAGAACGCGGAGGAGCGCAUCCCGGUCCGCAGCAUUGCCCUGCCCGAUCUGCGCAUUCCGAUGUCGCUCGGGCGGCAGGAACAGUUUUCGCUCUUUAUUCCACGCCAUCGAAAAAUUGCCGCACGCUUGAUUGACAUUUUCAUGGGAAUGCGGAACGUGGAGGAUUUGCAGAGCUGUGCCGUGUUUGCACGUGACCGUAUCAAUCCGUACCUGUUCAACUACGCGCUUUCGGUGGCGUUGCUACACCGCAAGGAUACGCACGAUCUCGAUCUGCCCACCAUCAUCGAGGUGUUCCCGGACAAGUACGUCGAUUCGAAGGUGUUUUCGCAGAUCCGCGAAGAGGCCACGGUUGUACCGGAAGGGAUGCGGAUGCCGAUCGUUAUCCCGAAGGAUUACACUGCGUCCGACCUGGACGAGGAGCAUCGGCUGUGGUACUUCCGGGAGGAUAUUGGUGUCAAUCUGCACCACUGGCACUGGCAUUUGGUUUAUCCGUUCGACGCUUCCAACCGUGCGAUUGUGGACAAGGACCGUCGGGGCGAGCUGUUUUACUACAUGCACCAGCAGCUGGUGGCACGGUACAACUUCGAGCGGUUCAGUAACCGAUUGCAGCGUGUCAAGCGGCUGAACAACUUACGCGAACCGAUUAGCGAGGGUUACUUUCCGAAGCUGGACUCGCUGGUGGCCAGCCGGGCUUGGCCGGGGCGUGUCGAUUCCAGCGUGCUGAAGGAUCUAAACCGUGAAGCGGACCAGAUAAAGCAAGAUGUUGCCGAUCUGGAGCGCUGGAUUGAUCGCAUCUACGAAGCAAUUCAUCAGGGCUUUGUCGUCGAUGAAUCAGGAAAUCGCAUCCCACUGGACGAGCAGAAGGGAAUCGACCAUCUCGGUAACAUCAUCGAGUCGUCCAUCCUGUCCCCAAACAGACAGCUGUACGGCGAUAUGCACAACAUGGGACACGUCUUCAUCUCGUACGCUCACGACCCGGACCAUCGGCAUCUCGAGUCGUUCGGCGUGAUGGGCGAUGUGGCGACGGCCAUGCGUGAUCCGGUGUUUUACCGUUGGCACUCGUACAUCGACGAUAUCUUCCAGGAGCACAAGAACAAGCUGCCACCGUACACCCGUUCGCAGCUCACGUUCGACGGGAUCUCCAUCACCGAUAUUACGGUGCAGCCCGAGGACGGUCAGCAGAACACGUUCCAGACGUUCUGGCAGCAGUCGGACGUGGAUCUGUCACGUGGCAUGGACUUUGUGCCGAGGGGGAAUGUCUUUGCAAGGUUCACCCAUCUGCAGCAUUCGCCGUUCGUGACGACAAUCAUGAUCGAGAAUGAUUCGGACGCCCAACGCAUGGCAUUUGUGCGCGUUUUUCUCGCACCGAAAAAUGAUGAACGUGGCACACCGAUGGUUUUCCGCGACCAGCGACUGUUUAUGAUCGAGUUGGACAAGUUCCUGGUAGCACUGCGUCCCGGCUCGAACCGUAUCCGCCGUCGGUCGAGAGAGUCCACCGUAACUAUACCGUUCGAGCGCACGUUCCGCAACCUGGAUCAAAACCGACCCGAACCGGAUACGCCCCAGGAGGCUGAGUUUAACUUUUGCGGUUGCGGUUGGCCGGCCCAUAUGCUCAUACCGAAGGGACUGCCCGAAGGUUUGCCGGCCGAUCUGUUCAUCAUGGUGUCAAACUACGAGGAGGAUCGUGUAGUGCAGGAUCUGGUCGGUACGUGCAACGAUGCUGCCUCGUACUGUGGUGUGCGGGAUCGACUUUACCCGGAUCGGAAGGCUAUGGGGUAUCCGUUCGAUAGGGCUGCACGCAGCGGUGUGGACAGUUUGGUCAACUUCCUCACGCCCAACAUGGCCGUACAGUCCAUUACGGUGGUGCAUAACGAUCGUACCGUAAAUAGAACCGGUUAGACGCUUAUCCGUCUAUAUGCUGGCAGGGAGCCAUAUAUAGCAGCUCCAAGAAUGAGUUCAAAAAAGUUUUUUUUCUCUCGCUCUCACCAUUUUUUCCUAGCAGUUGUUUUCAAUUUUAAUUAUCUUGUGACCAGAGCAAACACACGUUGCAAAACAAGCGAAACGAAAAUUAAAAUACUUUUUAUGAUUGUACAGCAAUAAAGUUAUUAUUUGCUACAAUAUUGUCAUACUGCCCAAGUUUAGAACGCAUAGCAUUGCCUCAGCCUUUUGAUCCACUUAGUGAAAGAGCACUCGUUUCGAUUUAUUAAAAAAAUAAACCAACUUAACAUUGCACUCAAAAUAUAUUAAAGUUUAUAAUCA